CAAUGUGUUUACUUGGCUGUACAGAAGCUGUACAGGAACAGUCAGGGCCACUCGAAAGCAAGAAUCUACAGAUGAUGAUUAGUGCCAGCUGCCUGUGGAAACUGGGAUUGUACCCCCUGUUGUUGAGUGCAGCUGCUGCUGUCCUGAAGCCAAGACCCUCCAACUUGGAUCUCAAAAUCCUCCAGGUUAACACGGUCGGGUCGGAGAAGUUGAAAUGCUUCACUCAAACACUGGAGGAUUUCACCUGUGUCUGGGAUGAAAGGAAAAACACAAACAACAGCAGCCAGUACAGAUUCUUCUACCAGUACCAAUACCAGGAUGACGAGAGAAAGAAAGAAUGUCAAUUAUCCACAGAAGAGAUUGCCAACAACACAACACGUCACAUCUGUUCCCUUCCAAUGAUGGAGGUCUCCUUGUUUACCCCACUGGACAUUGAGGUGUUGCUAAACAGAAGUGUUGUCAUGAGCAGAAAGGAGAUGUAUAUUAACCACAUGGUUGUCUUGGAUCCACCGUCCAAUGUGACUGUUCGGCCAACUGGGAAACCUGGGCAGCUUCAUGUCAAGUGGUCGGCACCUCCGUUUAAAUAUCUAGACAAUUCUUUAAUGUAUGAAGUCAACUUCUCUUCCGUUGGAUCCAACAUACAGCAGGUUAACACUGUCAAAGGGAAAACAGAGUGUAUCAUUCUGAAGCUCAAAUCACAGACCGAAUACGUUAUCCGUAUCCGCGCGAAGCCGGAUGGAGUCUCCAUGGAUGGAUACUGGACCACAUGGUCUAAGCCAGUGUCUGCUUUCACCGAUUCAGAUCUGGAUCCCCUGAUCCUGGGCCUGACAUCCAUUCUCAUCCUGAUCACCUCUCUGCUGUUAUUAACCAUCAUCCUCACCUACCGCAGGAUGAUAAAGGAGACAGUCUGGCCGCUGAUUCCUUCUCCAGAGAACAUGUUUGAUGGACUUUUCACUGUACACCAAGGAAACUUCCAGGAAUGGCUUGGGCGGGGCAAUGUACAGAUCUGGUGGAAUCUCCAGUUCUUUGGCACUGAUGAACCAUCUACAGCCCUGGAGAUCUUGUCUGAGAUAAACACCUUCCCACCAGGCCUUCUGAGGAACAAGCACCAGGAGAUCUUCCCAGAAGAUCGGGGAUUCCUGAUGAGCGGAUCAGGCACUUUCAAGCUGCAGCAGGAAUGGAUGCCACUGGAUGAGAGCAAGUCACCAGAACACUUGCAGCCAGAAGCCCCUACCAGGGAGGCCUAUAUUGUCCUGAAUCAGAAUUCGUUGCUCAGUAACGACUUCCUUUCCGGCACGUAUAAUGUGACUCACAGCAGCAGCGAUGUUUCGGAGGAAGAAAUGCCUUUACAGUUGCUCUUCUGGAGUCCUGAAGUGAAGCAUCAUAGCAAGACUUCACCUGAAGAGGGGCGAGAAAACCUUCUGUCACAUGACUCGCUUUCGCAGCAUUCCUCACAGUCUAGUGGGAUUGAGUGUGAAAGCCCAGCGUCAUUUGGAGCUUUUGACUAUGCCAAAUGUGACCCAGCUGGGCACCUGCUAUACCCAUCACCCUCAGAGGCUGUGCCAGAAAACACAAACCAUCCAUACCUUCUGAUGCUGGAUUCUGGCAUCUCUGCUGACUUCAGCCUAACAAACUUCCCAUCACGUGUUAGUAAAUCUGAUGAAGGACUUUACACCAAUCUCUGCAAAAGGGAAGACCUCCAUGAGAACUUUCCUGUCUCAAGUGACCUCCAUAUAGAAGUUUGAGAGAUGUUUGGUUCUUCAUCAAGGAAGGUUCCUGUACUAGGGGAAAAGAAGGCUGAACUGUUGUUGUUGGUACUGAAGGCUUUAUUGUGCAAAUUGCAUCACAGACUUCAUUUGUACUGUUGGGGUGAAGCAGACUAGUCAAAGUUGUUGUGCAGAGCUAAGUCAACUGGAGCUCACAAAGGAACAACUACAACUAUGAGCAACAGAGGCAUCUGCUCAGAACCCGCACUUUCCCAAGAUAAUGCCAAAGAAGCAGAUUACUCAACACUAGUCAAUUCGCCAGUUUGGAGAUGAUAGCAAGACAGACUAAGCAAUACUGAUUGUGGAGAAAUAGUUCUUUGUGUGUUUCCUAUAAUGCGGGAGUCUAGAACCAGAGGGUACAGCCUCAAGAAUAGAAGGACAUUCUUUUAAAACAGAAAUGACAAGGAAUUUCUUUAACCAAAGAGUGGUGAAUCUGUGGAAUUAAUUGCCACAGAUGGUUGUGGAGGCCAAAUCAUUGGGUUUAUGUAAAGCGGAAACUGAUAGGUUCUUGAUUAGUCAGUGCAUCAAAGGUUAUGGGGAGAAGGCAGGAGUUUGAGAAGGAAAAUAAAACUAUGAUGGAAUGGUGGAGUAGACUGGUUGGGCUGAAUGACUGAAUUCUAUUCCGAUGUCUUAUGGUCUUAUGUGUUUGAUUCCAUGAGAAAUUUCAAGAUGAUUGGUGGGCUGUUGAGGGUCUUGGUUGAACUUCAGGGGAAAGAACCUGAACCGCAGAUUUGGAACGAACACUUCCAGGGAGAAAUCCCAUCUUUUAAACACCAGUAUUCAUGACUGAUCCUUUGGAACUUAGGAUGUUCUUUCAGAUAAGUAAGUGGACGAGUUCACUUUUGUAAUGUUUAAAGAGAGCUAAUCAUUAUUUAUCACAUGUACGGUAAAAGAUACAGUAUCAUUUGUGUCAAAUCAAAUCAGCGUGGACUGUGCUGGGUAGCCACAAGUGUCACCAUGCUGCUGGCACAGACAUCGCGUGCUCACGAGAAAACCAGAAUAAACCCACGCGGUCACAGAGAGAACAUACAAACUCCUUACAGACAAGGGCAGGAAUCAAAUCCCAGCGCUGUAAUAGCAUUAGGCUAACUACUAAGUUACCAUGCCACACUUCAAACACAAACAGCAAGGUGACAGAGGUAUCGAUACCUGUCAGAAUAUUGAGGUAUGAGAGGGAUUCAACUCUGGAAGGGGUUCAACUCUUGAGUGACUUUAGAUCAAUGACAUGAAACUAUUCAAUCUGUUUAUAUGCUUAUACGAGUUAUCUCAAAGAAGAAAGAUUACUCAGUGAUUAUGCAACAGGAGUAAGGUUGCCGUGACCAUAUUUCAUAGAAUGUUACGGCACAGUACAGGCCUUCCAUCACACGAUGGUGUGUUGACCUUUUAACCUACCCUGAGCUCAUUCUAACCCUUUCCUCCUUGAUAGCCCUCCAUUUUUCUAACAUCCAUAUGCCUAUCUAAGAGAUUUUUAAAUGCCUCUAAUGUAUUUGUCUCUACCAGCACUCCAUGCACCCACAGUAGUGUAGUAUUCAGCACCACACUCCACAGUAGAGGCAACCCGGGUUCGUCUCCUGCCACUCUCUGCAAGGAGUUCUUAUGUUCUCCCCAUGACUGCGUGCUUUUCCUCCCAUAUUCCAAAGACGUAAUGGUUGAUAGAUUAAUUGGUCAUUGUAAAUUGUCCUGUGAUUAGGCUCGGAUUAAAUCGGGGGAUUCUGGUUUAAAGGGCCGGUAAAAGAAUUAGACCUAUUAGACUAGUUUUCCAAGACAAGGAUUCCCCAUAGGAAAGCCCUGCAAUAGGACAUGAUGAAUUAACUCUCCCUGACAAAGGGCACCAAUCCCCUGAAUGAGCACUAUGAAUCUUGUGACUUCGGGGCUCCCGAUCAGAACAUGAGAGCAGAUCAUCAAACCCACAAUUUUUGGGCAGUCUGCUGUUACACCAGAAACCUUGAUCAGGAACACCUGCAGGGACAAGCAAAGGAGAGACAGACAGAGGAGGAGAAUUGGGAGGGAAACUGAAAAAUAUCAAGGAUAGAAGUAGCCUCUAAUGGCUUUAUCAAGUUUAUUGUUUUCAUACAUAGCAGACAAAUGCCAUUGCAGCAAUAGCAGAGUAUGUUACAAGAUCAUGAGAAACCAUCUCUUUAUUCAGUUUACCACAAAUUGAAUAAAAUAAAUUGUAUAUAACUUUCUUCUGACCAAGAUGAAUAUUCAGAAUCAGAAACAGAAUCACAUUUAUUAUCACUGACAUAAGUGUAAUUUGUUGUUUUAAGGCAGCAAUGCCCCAUUCAUACAACUUAGCAUUGGUCUUACUUCAGCAAAUUAGUGCAAUUGGAGAGGGUGUCACUCUCUCCUCAGAACUGACUUCCUACCAAAGUGACAGGAGCACCCACAACCUCUGUUCAUCGCUGGAUACUGGAGUUUAACAACACUAUGACCAUUUUGCACAAAAAGUUGACAUUUUUGUCCUGUGUUCCUUCUUGUAAAAUGUUAAUGUAUGAUGUUUUCUCUUGUAAAUGCUGCUUAUGUGAUGCUACGUGCCUGUGAUGCUGCUCCAUGUGUCCCAUUGCAUUGGUGCACAUUAUUCCAAACGAGUCAAAAGUCGGGUUUAUUGUCAUACGCACAAGUAUGUGUGUGCCUACGUGCAAUUUAAAAACUAGCAGCAGCAUCACAGGCACACAGCACCUGAGACACAACAUCCACAAGAAAAACAUAAAUUAUGCAAAAUUAUACAAGAAAGACGAGGGCAAAAAAAAGCCCAUUGUAGUGCAAAGUGUUCACUGUGUUGCUAUAGUGACAGAUUAGGAUUGUGUAAAUUGGUUCAAGAACUGAAUGGCUGAAGGGAAGUAGCUGUUCUUGAACCUGGUGGUGUGGGACGACACUUCAGUAGCUCCUGCCUGAUGGUAGAAGACGGCGCAGCCUGGACAAUAAGGAUUUUUGAUCAUGGAUGUUGCCUUCUUGAGGCAGCAUUGGCUGUAGAUAUUACUAAUGGUGGAGGAGGAUAUGCCUGUGCUGUGUCCACUACUCACUGCAACUUCAGUCCUUGAACAUUCCAAUGGCUGUAUCAGACUAUCAUGGAAACCAGUCAGGAUACCUUCAACAGUCCAUUUGAGAGGUUUGCUAGAUUAAUUGGUGACAGGCCAAACCUCCUAAAGCUUCCAAGAAGGUAAAGAUGUUGGCAGACCUUCUUUGUGAUUGCAUCUGUAUGCUGGCCCGGGGCAUUUGUAUAGCACUGUGCCCAGUCUUUAGCUUGGCAUGCUGAUGGAAUAAUCUAGGGAACUUUAAUUGUGCGUCAUGUUUCACAGUACCUUACAAACAUCUGCAGGAAAAAGUUCCUCUAGAGGGGAAAAUGAAGGGCCGAGGUUUGAGGCAGAGGAGCUGGCACAAGAGCAAUGAACUCAUGCAGCCGUAAACAACAUUUUAUCAUCUAUAGGGUAGGGGUGGAGGUGGGUGAGCACACUCUGUCCUUCUUGCUAAACAUUGUGAGAUAGCAGAGAAUGUAACACUACCAUGAAUCCAGGAGCAGAUGCUUUGGUGAGGUAUUCUUCAAUCUGAUUUAAAUGACAUUAUAUUUCCCAUCUGUUAUUGAUAGUCACUUGAUCUGAAGUGCAUAUUACUGUAAAAUAUAACUACUGAUCAAUAUGAAUAUUUUAUUCUUACAGAAUGUAUUUUGUUAGCUUGUUCAAAUGUUGUGAAUAUUUUUUCAGCUGUUGCCCGAGCAUUAUUUUGGGCAGGUAUUUUUUAUAUAAAUAAACAGAUUGAUUUAUUUUA